ACAAUGAAGGAAAAUAGUGAAUUGAUGAAAUACAAUCUCCUCACCAGCAGUAUAAAAUUUUGGAUGCUGUUCGUGGGAAUCUGGCCAAUUCCCAAUCCCCCCAUCGCAUACCGUGCGCUCCCAAUUUUUAUCGUCAGUGGCAAUGUUUUCCUGAGCAUUGCAUUAUUUCGUUUUGCAAUUGCUCACAUCUCCAACAUGCAGCUUAUGGUCAAAGGCGUCAGUUUGGGGAUGAGUUUCAUAACGAUAGCUUUCAAGGUAAUAAUCUUUACACUAUGCAGAGAUAAAAUUAUUGAUCUGUUGGGAGUAGUGAAGAAUUACCACGAGGACUCGUUGGCCGAUGAGAAUUUGGGACAGCUAGCUUUGAAGGGAAUGAGUGGAUUUCGUCGUUCGUCUUUGCUCCUGUUUUUUCUCAUUGCCUGUGGAGCUGUGUCGUACUGCAUCGCUCCCAUCAUCUUCAUCGCAAUUCAACUCGGACAUCACCUGCAAACAAUUCAUUACAUAUUACCAUUACCCGCGUUAUAUCCGUGGGAGAUACGUCCCGGUGGGAUCUUGUACCAAGUGACUUACGUUUUUGAAGUGUGCAAUCUGAUGUCUCUGCUGUUCACAUCUUGUGGUGUUGAUUCACUGUUUGGAUACUACAUACUCCUCAUAAAUGGACAACUUCGUGUGAUGGGAUAUCAAUUAAAACAUCUCAGUGGAAAUAAUGUCUGUCAUGCAUUCAUACCGCGAUUCGUUGAUAAAUAUAUUGUUUUGCAACAAUGUUGUGAUGGUUUACAAAGAAUCUAUGGACCUGUCAUUCUUUGGCAGGAAGCGCUUUCUGCUCCAAAAUACCUUCUUAUCAUGGGCUACAGUGGAUCAAAAAUAUUGCAGACUUAUUUAUAUGCGUCGGCUGGAUCGAAUCUGACAGCCGAAAGUGAAGCCCUGAUGGAAUCUAUAUACUGUAGUGAUUGGCAAGAAACCGGAAGACGUUUCAGGACAUCAAUAUUAGUGAUGCUGACACAAAAACCUGUCCGAAUAACAGCCGCCCACUGCAUUAUCGUAUCCAAUGACAUGCUCAUCAUGACACUGAAUACAGCUGUGUCACAGGUGAAGGGAUGUCUCUACCCCGUAGGUCUGUGGCCAUCAGAAAAGCCUAAACUCUGGUACCGCCUGUUACCAUACGCACAAUUGUUCCUAAGCGCAAUAACAGUCGUAGCAAUAAUGAAUUAUCUGGUGCAUCACAUACGCAACUGGAAUAUUGUGAUCAGAGUGAUAAGUCUGUUGGCAUCAACAUCACUUUACAUUUUCAAACUAUCCCAGCUGAUGAUACACCGGCGAGAGAUCCUAGACAUCAGUAAAAUUCUCAAUGACUACUCAUCUCGAAUAAUAAAUGAGGAGAGAUCAUUGAAUUUCGCAUGGGAAUGGGUAAAAGUCUGUCUCACCUGUGGUCGAUCUAUAAUUAUCAUGGUGUACGGCAGCUUCUUCGUCCUCUUGGUCAUCAUCCCAGCUGUCGUAAUUUUCAUCCAAGAAAUGGGACAUACGGAGAACAUAAAGUACACGUUAGUGUAUCCGACGAUGUACCCUUGGGACACGUCAACGAAUGGAGUGGCCUACAGGAUAACUUACCUCUUGGAAUCACUCACAGCACUCAGUUGCUGUCAUGUCACCUCUGGAGUUGACAAUUUGUAUUUGUUCUGGAUAUUCCAAACAACCGGUCAGCUCCGGGCGAUGUCCUACCGUCUGCAUCAUAUCCGAGAUGGAGAUAAUUACGACGAUAUUCUGAAGGACAACAUCAUUCAGUACGGAACGUUAAUGCGAAUUCGUAAUCAAUUGGAAAAUAUCUACGGACCUAUCAUCAUUUUUUGCAAUGGGAGUGCUGCAGUUCUCCUCUGCACCCUGAUAUUUCAGCUGAGCAAGGCAAGUUCAUUAACAAAAAUCCAAAUAGCGAGAUUCACACUCUACGCUUUUGGAAAAAUUUUUCAAGUCUAUCUCUUCACUUGGCCGGGAACAUUUCUUGCUGCAGAGAGUGAGAAUUAUCUCAGAAGCGUUUACUUGUCCGAUUGGAUUAAUCAUCCAUCAUGCACAUCAUUUGUGAUGACAACCCUCGCCCAAAAACCCUUGACAAUGAAAGCCUGUCAUGUGUCAGUCGUCUCCGUCGAAAUGUUCGCUAAGAUGAUUCAAACAACCGUUUCUUACUCCCUUCUACUGAAGACAGUUGCUCCAGAAUCUUGUUGCUGUUUAUUUGUUGUGUGCACUCAAGGUACAUCAAUUAGGAUUAUCGAUGAAUCUUCAAUGUUAUUCGUUCAGGUUUUAUGUUUAGCUGUGAAUGUUAAAAAAAUAAUGUGGUUCUACAAUACAGUCGAUGAUCUCUGUAAUCAAUUCCUGAGUGAUGAGCGAUUUCACAAAUUUGUGCUGAACGAUGUGACGAUAUACAGAUAUUUCUUCUGGUUUCACACGAGUCUGUGUGGAUUCAGUGGGACAAUUCCACUGGUUAUGUCGAUGGUGUCAGUCAUGAAUCAGAAGAUUCAUGACGUUCAUCCUAUAAAAUACAAUUUGAUAAUACCGGGAAUGUAUCCCUGGAAUGCAUCAAUCAAUGAAAUUGUUUAUGGAUUUCAUUUUGGUCUUGAAUCUUACACACUCAUGUGGACUUUUUAUGUUGGAGCAUUGGUGGACGUACUCUUCUCAUUUUCACUUCUUCAGAUGACGAUUCCCCUGCGUGGCAUGUCACACGCGAUAAUACACCUGUGCGAUGAGAGUGAUUACGAGGAUACAUUGCGCCGAUGUCUCAUUCAAUACCGAACGCUCAUUGAAUGCCGUAAUAUCAUUGAGAAUACUUACGGGCUGAUAAUCCUCGGUGUCGCCAUCACUGGACCCAUCGCCCUCUGUUCGCUUGCCUGGCAGGUGACACAGAUGGAGACGAUAAGCAAUUUCCAGAAGUUCAGAUUUGCUGUUCAUGGAGUUGCCAAGAUACUUCAAGUGUUCUCGUACAGCUGGUCCGCAACAAUGCUGAAAGGAAAGAGUGAAGACUUCCUUGGUCAGGUUUACUUCUCCAAGUGGCAAGGCAAUAGAUCAUUGAUGAAUACCGUUUUCACGAUCCUGAUUCAAAGACCGCUGACAAUCAGAGCUGGCCACAUGCCGGAUGUCUCGUUGAGCAUGUUUGUUUUCGUGAUGAAGACCACUGCAUCCUACUACUUGCUUCUCCAGACAAUGGAGCAGAAAGCAUCAUAAUAUCUCCUAAACCACGCGAAUUAACUGAGAGAAUGUUUGAUGUUCUGUAUAAUUUCCUUACUCCUUUGUUCUAACAGUUCCCAUUUUGGUUGGGACAUCCAGAUUGUCCUGAUUAAAAUAAAAUCUGAAUGUGCUUGGAUCACCUCAGCGAUCUGACCACCAAAAGAUGCUUUAACCCGUCACUCUUGAUUCGCUGUCAUUCCAGAAAUCAAUCGCACAAGGCAGUUGAAGCAAGAC